GGACAGGUGGAUGAGGAUCCCGUGGCCGUCCUUCAGACGGCCCACGCUGUGGCCGUCCAACCCAAGGUGAAGACGGAGGAGCAGAUUGCCGCAGAGCAGGCAUGGUAUGGCUCGGAGAAGGUGUGGCUGGUCCACAAGGAUGGCUUCUCCCUGGCGACUCUGCUGAAGACGGAUUCUGGCAGCCUGCCAGAGGGGAAGGUGAAGGUCAAACUGGAGCACGACGGCACGAUACUGGACGUGGAUGAAGAUGACGUGGAGAAGGCAAACCCCCCGUCAUUUGACCGUGUAGAGAACCUCGCCUCCCUCCAGUACCUGAACGAGUCGAGUGUCAUGCACUCGCUGCGGCAGCGCUACGGAGGAAACCUCAUCCACACGUACGCUGGGCCCAGCAUGGUGGUCAUCAACCCUGUUAGCGCCCCCUCCAUCUACUCCGAGAAGGUGAUGCACAUGUUCAAGGGCUGUCGGAGGGAAGACACAGCCCCCCACAUCUAUGCCGUGGCCCAGACAGCCUACCGGAACCUUCUGACCACGCGCCAGGACCAGUCCAUCGUGCUGCUGGGCAAGAGUGGCAGUGGCAAGACCACUAACUCCCAGCACCUGGUGCAGUACUUGGUCUCCAUCGCCGGCAGCACUGGCAAGAUCUUCUCUGCUGAGAAGUGGCAGGCCGUGUACACCAUCCUGGAGGCCUUCGGGAACAGCGGCACCUCCAUGAAUACCAACGCCAGCCGAUUCUCCCAGAUCGUCUCCCUGGACUUCGACCAAGCCGGCCAGGUGGCAUCGGCCUCCAUCCAGACCAUGCUGCUGGAGAAGCUGCGCGUCUCCAGACACCCUGAGGGAGAAUCUACCUUCAACGUCUUCUACUACAUGAUGGCGGGCGCAGACAGCACCCUCAGGACGGAGCUGCACUUCAACCACUUCGCCGAGAACAGCGCCUUCGGAAUCGUGCCUCAGUCCAAGCCUGAGGACAAGCAGAAGGCUGCCCAGCAGUUUACCAAGCUCCAGGCCGCUAUGAAAGUGCUGGGCAUCUCGUCUGAGGAGCAGAAGGCUGUGUGGCUCAUCCUGGGGGCCAUAUACCACCUGGGGGCCGCAGGGGCCACAAAAGAGGCAGACGAAGCCGGACGAAAGCAGUUUGCACGCCACGAAUGGGCCCAAAAGGCGGCCUACCUGCUGGGCUGCAGUCUGGAGGAACUCUCCUCCUCCAUAUUCAAGCACCAGCACAAGGGCUCCCUCCCGAGGUCCACCUCCUUCCGGCAGGGCCCAGACGACUUGGCGUCCGGGGAUGGCUCAGGACCCAAGAUCACGGCUCUGGAGUGUCUGGAGGCGAUGGGUUCCAGCCUCUAUUCCGAAGUUUUCACUCUCCUCAUCUCCCUCGUCAAUCGUGCCCUGAAGUCCAGCCAGCACUCCCUGUGCUCGCUGCUGAUCGUGGACACGCCGGGCUUCCAGAACCCGCGGCUGACCAAGCGCGAGCGCGGCGCCACCUUCGAGGAGCUGUGUCACAACUACACCCAAGAGCGACUGCAGACGCUGUUCCACGAGCGCACCUUCGUGCAGGAGUUGGAACGCUACAAGGAGGAAAACAUAGAGCUUGCUUUGGAUGAGCUUGAGUCCAGUACGUCUCGCUCUGUAGCUGCUAUAGACCAAACGUCAGCUCAAGCACUGGUGCGCACUCUGGCCCGGACAGACGAGGCACGGGGGCUGCUCUGGCUCAUGGAGGAGGAGGCGCUGCAGCCCGGGGGCUCCGAGGACACGCUUCUAGAGCGUCUCUUCAGCUACUACGGCCCAGCCGAAGGAGAGGGCAAGGGCAAAGGUCAAAGCUUGCUGUUGAAGAGCGAGAAGCCGCGUCACUUCCUGAUGGGGCACAGCCACGGGACGGACUGGGUGGAGUAUGACGUCCUGGGCUGGCUCAACCACGCCAAGCAGAACCCCGCCUCCCUGAAUGCCGCCACGCUGCUGCAGGACUCCCAGAAGAAGAACAUCAGCAGCCUGUUCAUGGGCCGCACCGGUGGGCCCACGGUGCUCUCGGGCUCCAUCGCCGGCCUGGAGGGAGGCUCCCAGCUGGCUCUUCGCCGGGCCACCAGCAUGAGGAAGACCUUCACCACCGGCAUGGCUGCCGUCAAGAAGAAGUCGCUCUGCAUCCAGAUCAAGCUGCAAGUGGACGCGCUCAUUGAUACCGUGAGGAGGUCCCGAAUCCACUUCGUUCACUGCUUGCUGCCCAAGGCGUUCGCACUGAGUGGGGAGCUCCGAGUGCAGGGCGGGCCGUCUCCCCGCUCCGCCGAGGGCGAGGCCCAGGGCGAGAGCGUCACCGGCCUCAUGCAGCUGGAUGUGGCUCUUCUUCGAGCCCAGCUCCGUGGCUCCAAGCUGCUCGACGCCCUACGGAUCUACAGGCAAGGGUACCCGGACCACAUGGUCUUCUCGGAGUUCCGUCGCCGCUUUGACGUGCUCACGCCUCACCUGACCAAGAAGCACGGCCGCAACUACAUUGUCACGGACGAGAAGAGGGCUGUAGAAGAGCUACUGGAAUCUUUGGACCUUGAGAAGAGCAACUACCACAUGGGUCUGAGCAGGGUGUUCUUCAGAGCCGGCACACUGGCCAAGCUCGAGGAGCAGCGAGACGACCAGACUCGCCGUAACAUUGCCCUGUUCCAGGCAGCCUGCAGGGGUUACCUGGCAAGACAGUCCGUCAAGAAGAGAAAGAUCCAGGACCUGGCCAUCCGCUGCAUCCAGAAGAACAUCAAGAAGAACCGGGGCGUGAAAGACUGGCCCUGGUGGAAGGUCUUCACCACCGUGCGGCCGCUCAUCCAGGUGCAGCUGACCGAGGAGCAGAUCCGCGGCAAAGACGAGGAGAUCCAGCAGCUGAAGGCGAAGCUGGAGAAGGUGGAGAAGGAGAGGAACGAACUGAGACUCAACAGCGACCGGCUGGAGAGCAGGAUCACGGAGCUGUCAUCGGAGCUCGCUGACGAGAGGAACACGGGUGAGUCGGCGUCCCAGCUGUUGGAGUCGGAGACCUCGGAGCGCCUCCGUCUGGAGAAGGACAUGAAGGACCUGCAGAGCAAGUUUGACGCCAUGAAGAAGCAGAUGGAGACCAUGGAGAUGGAAGUGAUGGAGACCAGGCUGAUCCAAGCAUCAGAGCUGAACGGCGAGAUGGAUGACGACGACACGGGGGGCGAGUGGCACCUGAAGUACGAGCGCGCCAUUCGGGAGGUGGAGUUCACCAAGAAGCGGCUGCAGCAGGAGUUUGACGACAAGCUGGAAGUGGAGCAGCAGAGCAAGAGGCAGCUGGAGCGAAAACUGACAGACCUACAGGCGGACGGCGAGGAGGUGCAGCGCUCGGUGCAGCAGCUGAAGAAGAAGUGCCAGCGGCUGACGGCCGAGCUGCAGGACACCAAGCUGCACCUGGAGAACCAGCAGAGCAGGAACCACGAGCUGGAGAAGAAGCAGAGGAAGUUCGACUCGGAGCAGUCGCAGUCCCAGGAGGAGGUGCAGCGGGAGCGGACGCAGCGGGAGAAGCUGAGUCGGGAGAAGGAUAUGCUGACUGGGGAGGUGUUUGGCCUGCGGCAGCAUCUGGAGGAGAAGGACCUGGAGUUGUGCGCUGUCAACUUGAAGGUGGAGCAGCUGGAGGCGGAGCUAUCGGACCUCUCGUCCCAGGAGUCCAAGGACGAGGCCUCGUUGGCCAAGAUCAAGAAGCAGCUUCGGGAUCUGGAGGCCAAGGUGAAGGACCAGGAGGAGGAGCUGGACGAGCAGGCCGGCACCAUCCAGAUGCUGGAGCAGGCGAAACUACGCCUGGAAAUGGAGACGGAGCGGCUACGGCAGACUCACGCCAAGGAGGUCGAGGCCAAGGACGAGGAGGUGGAGGAGAUACGGCAGUCGUGCUGUAAGAAGCUGAAGCAGAUGGAGGUGCAGCUGGAGGAGGAGUACGACGAGAAGCAGAAGGUCCUCCGGGAGAGGAGAGACCUGGAGGCGAAGCUGCUGACUGCUCAGGACCAGGUGAGCCACAGGGACGUGGAGACGGAAAAGCGCCUGAGAAAAGACCUGAAACGCACCAAGGCCCUGCUGGUCGACGCCCAGAUCAUGCUGGACCACCUGAAGAACAACGCACCCAGCAAGCGUGAGAUAACACAGCUCAAAAGCCAGCUGGAGGAGUCGGAGUUCACCUGUGCGGCCGCCGUCAAGGCCCGCAAGUCCAUGGAGGCCGAGAUCGAGGACCUGCACGUCCAAAUGGACGACAUCUCCAAAGCUAAAAGCGCUUUGGAGGAGCAGCUGAGUCGGGUGCAGCGGGAGAAGAACGAGCUACAGUCGCGCAUGGAGGAGGACCAGGAGGACAUGAACGAGCUGAUGAAGAAGCACAAGGCCGCCGUCGCCCAGUCGACCCAGAACCUGGCUCAGAUCAGCGAUCUCCAGAGCCAGCUAGAGGAAGCCAUGAAGGAGAAGCAGGAGAUCCAGGAGAAGCUCCAAGCCCUGCAGAGCCAGCUGGAUUUCCAGGAGCAGUCCAUGGUGGAGAAGUCACUGGUCAGCAGACAGGAGGCCAAGAUCCGCGAGCUGGAGACCAAGCUGGAGUUCGAGAAGACUCAGGUCAAGCGUCUAGAGAGCCUGGUCGGCCGGCUGAAGGAGAACGUGGAGAAGCUGACGGAGGAGCGAGACCAGCGGACGGCCGGGGAGGGCCGGGAAAGGGAGCAGAACAAGCGCAUGCAACGGCAGAUCCGAGACAUCAAAGAGGAGAUCACCGAGCUAGCCAAGAAGGAGGCGGAGGCCAGCCGCAAGAAGCAUGAGCUGGAAAUGGACAUCGAGAGCUUGGAAGCCGCCAACCAGAGUCUGCAGGCAGAUCUUAAACUCGCUUUCAAACGGAUCGGCGACCUGCAGGCCGCCAUCGAGGACGAAAUGGAGAGCGACGACAACGAGGACCUCAUUAACAGUUUACAAGACAUGGUGACAAAAUACCAGAAAAGAAGGAAUAAAACUGAGGGGGGUUCAGGAACAGACUCUGAGGUGGAGGACCGCGUCGAUGGCGUCAAGUCUUGGCUGUCCAAGAACAAGGGCUCUGGCAAGAACCUGUCCGAUGAUGGCAGCCUAAAGAGUUCCAGCCCGCCACCCAGUCGAAAGCGAUUUGGCCUGGAUAGAUCUGACGAAGAGGAGGAAGAUGAGGAAAAAAAGGAAGGGGGGGCGUCUCGCAGCUCCUACCGCCCCCGAUACUCCCGCCGCAGCUACCUGAACGACAGCGACAGCGAGGGAAAGCCGUCGGAAACAACAGCGUAGCAGCCUCCCCCUGCCAUGAACAGUCCCCAGCACGCCUUGCCUGCCCCUAUUCACCCCCGAGGAAGAACAGACACCCCACUUUUUGCAGUUCCACAGACUGAUACCCCUACCACCUUAGACCAUGCCCUGCCGUGCCCUAUCACCAGCAUGACAACCUGAACCAAGGGCUCGCAGUGCAUGUAGACCCCACCGUGUCGCGAUCAUGGACUCGCAACCACUAGUCUUCUAACCUGGAAUAUCAAAUUGUCACAUUGGUGUAAUAUGUUUUAUUUUUAUUUUUACAAUCUGUGGCUUGCGUCGGAAUUCGAAAGCUUUAUGCGGCCUUUGGGGUCACACCCAGGAUUCUGGGGUAGAGUUUUGGCUCGUUCUGUCUGGCCUCCACCGUCCUUUCAGAAACCAGCUCAUCAGUGAUGCUUUUUAACUUCUCAAUUUUUUUUUUUUGUUUUUUUGAUAACCGCCCCUCUCUGCUUGUCAAAAAGCUGACCGCCCGCCCCCCCCCGCCCCACCACACCUCGGCGUCUUGUUAUUGAGCCAAAGAGCCAGAGGAUAUUCGGUUUUACAUUGGCAGGAGACUCUGUUUGGCUGCACGCAUAACACAAAUCAAUAAAUAAAUACAUAAAUAAAAGAUAAGGUUAACUACCAAAACACGUCUGUUGUAAGUACAUGCGUACAGUUGUUCUUAUUGUCUCCUUACUCGGAGUCUCAGAAAAAGCAGCGUUGGGGCAGAACCGUGCUGGUUUUCUCCCGCAUCUGGGCCCCCCUGUAGCCUUGCUAAAAUUCCCACAACGUCGUCAGACUGGGCUUCUGGUGUCUCUCUCCUCUUGUUUAUUUGUUGGAAUUAUUUCACAAAGCGGGCAGUUGGGGGAAAUGCAGAGGAUGCGCGCACGUAAACGGGUGGCCCUUAUGUAUAUUUAUAUAUGCUUCCCCCCCCCCCCCCCAUUUUCGGCUUGAUGUGUAAGAAGUGAUUUGCUUGGACAGGCUCAGCGUACAGUGGCAGCAUAGGAAAUUAAACCUCUGGGCUCCCCUGGUUUCCUAUAAUGUGCUUUGUCUUGCUCUCCUUUAGCUUGGAGGAUUGGUUUCUGCUAAGAGUCUUUGGCUCAGGUUCCUGCUCCCCCCCCCCCCUUCAUGCUUUUCACUGUUCGCUUUGCUUUGUUUUCCAGAGGGAACGUACUCAGCACUGGGCACUGCGUGUCGCGGUGCUGGUCUGUCUCUUGUUCCCUUCUCCUGCCAGUGCUGAUGAUAGGAUACAGGACAACAAAUGGUCACUGGGCCCUUAUCUCUGGCCCUUUCCUGGCCAAAAUUUAAAACCUCUGAUAGUUGCCUGUUCUACACUAGUCACUUUGACUAUGCUGGUGAAAAGGGGUAUGUCUAUGUGACAUUUUACACUGUGAAAUCCCUUGAGGAUUUUUUUGAAGCAGACUGAUUGACAUAGAUGAUGUGCCAGUGUCUUGACCAUACUGCGGGAUUAUAGUAAACUGAGGAGUUGCCGUUUAACCAGGAAAGACGACGCAAGAGGAUGCUUCGUAUAUGUACUUUAUAAUUAUUGUUCAUAUUGAGUACAAUUAUCAUAGCGAACGUCAACUUCACAUGGGGUACACUGUGCGAAUGAAAAAUUUACGGACGUGCGUCUGUCUGCAUAUGUCUUCGGAUUAAAAAAAAAAAUGUUUGUCUCCGAACUAUAACAUAAACUGCUCUCGUAUUGUUUUCUAUGCUUUCAAUAAUCACUUUAAUUUGAAGUCUAGCAUUUCACAAAGAACUGAGGCAAAAACAAUAAAGAAAAUAUCCAUACAGACAUAACUCUACUGGCUGUGCACAUUAAUAUAUAUAUAUAUAAAAUAUAAAUAUAUCUGUAUGAUUCAUUCUAGCUCUCAAUUCAUUAUUUUCUUAUUGAAAUUGACUCUUGUUAAAAUAAUCGUUUGCUUUACAGUUUAAUAUAUUGUAAAUAAACGAUGGCCAAUGUUUUAGAAAUGUUACGGGGAUGUUUUUCUUUUGCUGUUCGAACCACUUCUGCUUUGAGCUUCGAGCUGCUCAUAGUUAAAUCCUGUUUCAUAGCCUAUAUGUUCUUAGAUGGUAUCAUCUAAAAUUAGCCUUUAUUUAUCGUUUAAGGAAGAUCUGUUGGAGAAAAAAAUGUAGGCCUAUGUCUGCACACAUCUCUGCAAUGUAAUUGAAAAGGACCGGCUCUUUUGUUUUUCAUAGAAGGAAACACUUCCCUUCAUGCUAGUUUGCAACACAAAAGAUGGGGUCAGCUGUGUUGAUGCCCUCGGAGCAUUCAGCUGCUCUCAGAAGGAAUGUAUAGGAUGUGAAUAUGCCCUUUUAGAGUUUUAGAAUUCUCUCCCCCCCCCCCCUAGGGGGCAUCAGCACUGAGAACGAUUAACUAUUUCAGAAAGGUAAAACCUGAAUUACUGUCCGAUGUCAUAGGUGAGACAAGUGUCAAAUCGUUGUUGCGAAAUCAUAACAGAUAGGUAUCAAGGGGGCCGAGCCAUAAACAGACUUUCAGAGGGGCGGGGGACCGUUUUGAUCAGGGUUUGUCUUGACCACCGAGAAGAAGAAACGCCGUAAGCUUGCGGAUCGAGCCGUGGGAGAAAUCAUAGUAUCCCCUUUGAGGUUUCCCAGCUUCGUUAUUUUACCGGGACUCUGGUUCUGAAGUUCACGUCGGUGCUGAAACGAUUCCCGCUGCGCGCUGGCUUUUGAUUCCGAGUCCGGUUUGCCACGUUCUAUAAUGUGAAACCCAUUAAUCCACAUUUUCUUCUGGGAUGUAAAAUAAACUGCUGCUUUCUAUCAUCGCUUUUCGUGUCGAUGAAGAAAGGGGGUGGACGCCGUACUGUAACUUUGCCUGGAUUUCAGCCCGCAAGUCUGUCACUUCUUCCGUGCCGAAUGGGGUGCUCCUGCUGACCGCAUGCAUUACGAAAUUAUUAACUGGCUAACAAACCAGGGUCUGGGAAGUUCUAUUUUUUUUUUUUUUUUUUUUCAAAAAACGUAUUAAUAAGGGAUUGUAUCUGAUGGGGGUGUAUGAUGGAGCGAGACUCCAAUCAGCUUGUCGAUAUUCAAUCAUGCAUAUAGCAGGCAUUGGUGAAAGCACCUAUUUUUUUUUCCUAUUUUCUCUCUUGGAUUAUGGAAGGCAGCUCCUAUCGUUCGUAAUGAUGUAUACGCGUCUCGGCAGAUUAAAGGGGGUAUAGAGACGCGCUUCCAGCUUCAAGUGUUUUGGUCAAGUACGUAGGAAAGAAAAUCCCUAAGCUGCAAAGGAGGACGAAUUGUGAAUUUCGAUGCCAUUUUAAAUGAAAAUGAAAACUUAUCAAUUGUGUGUGUCUGUGUUUUGGAUUAUUUGCAAUAAAAUAAAGUCAUGGGUUGUAA